CGUGACGUUUUGACUAGACGCUCGUGAUGAUAGGUAUUUGACGGGAACACAGAGACUGUAUGACAUUUUUCAUAUAGUCUGUGGCGGGAACGUCGCUAGGAAAAUGGACGCAUUCCACGUGGUUGUUUUGACGUCCGCCACGGUUCUGUCGUUGUACCGGACCGUUUCAGCGGGUACGAAAAUAGGCGAAUUGUGCGCGUCGUCAACGCCCCAGAACAAAUGCAUGAGCGUCAACAAGACGGAUGGGUAUCGAGUGGCUUGUAGUGGUGGUUUUCGCGAGGACUACUCGGUCGAAGAGUGAUUAUUUUUUAUUUCAAAUGCUUACACUUUGUCAUUGGCCGUUGGACCACUUCGAUCCAGUCAUGUCGCUGCGCCUUUACCCAAAACUCGUGAAAUUGACCAUAACCAAAAGCAAAAUCAAAGAGAUUGUCGGCGAGUUUCCGGAGUUCUUACACAACUUAAAGACUUUAAAUUUAUCCCAUUUGAACCUUGAGCGUGUUAAGUACAGUACAUUUAAGUACUUAACGUCUUUGGAAGUCUUGGAUUUGAGUUACAAUAAACUCAAUCAUUUAUACUCGCCUACAACGGAAUACUUACCGAAAUUGAAACAAAUUUGGUUAGCCGGAGACUUUUGGUUUUGUAAAAAUGAUUUAUUUUGGUUACUUCAGCUUCAUGUAUCAAAAGAUCCGUUGACUUUCAAAGUGAUGGAUUUCAACCGCAUGACUUGUGGUGGAUAUAAAUACAUCGGAAAACCCGUGAUCCCUGUAUUGCGGCUAUUAAGUGAUUUGGAGAAAGAGUGUCCUAGCAGUCCUCCUGACUAUUGUGUCUGUACGUUGGACAACGUAGUGCGUGGUAGAGGUGCAUCGUUUUACUUACAUCCAGUGAUAACAGUGGAUUGCAGUUAUAGAGAUUUGAAAAUGUUACCAAAAAUACUUCCACACAAUACCACAACGCUAUUAGUCCAAGGCAAUAAGAUAUCUACAUUGGACGAUUUGCUUACCAAUCGCUAUUACAUAAAACUUUUGGACAUUCAUUUGGACUACAAUCGGAUUAGUUCAAUAAGCAUAUUAGAAGGAUCACAUUGGUUGUCACAUUGCAGAGUUAUGAGUUUGAAAGGAAACAAUUUGACUAAUGUACCGACUUAUGCAUUAGAUAAUGCGUUCCAGCGAAAUCGUAACAUCGUUCAACUUUAUUUAGGUGCUAAUCCUUGGCGUUGCAAUUGUUUGUUUGCUCCAGCUUUCCAGGACUUUUUAAUUAAAUAUCAAUCACUGAUAAUGGACUUAUCAGAUAUAAAAUGUUCAUACCAGCAAAAUGAUGAAUAUUACUUAACUCCAAUUCACGAUCUUCCCCGGAAUACAUUGUGCAGAAACUCUGCGACGGACAUGGUGAAUUUUUGGGAUAGUUUGAAUGUGCUGUUGGCUAGUUUGAUAGUAGUUAUCAUUUUAAAGUUUAUUUACGAUUAUAUUAUGUAUAAAAAAUAUGGCAGAUUACCUAGGAUUAUAACAUUAUUACCAUAAACUUAUAAAAAGUGGUAAAUGUUGUGUUUUAAUAAUUUUCAUAUAAAAUUUGAAUGUAAUAUGUUCUUGUAUAUGUUUUAUUAAUUGUAUUUUAAUAAACAUAUUUGUUUGUUAAAAACUCCUUUAAAAUCUUAAAAUACACUGCAGCGUAAACAAUUUACACAAUAAUUAGUAGGUAUAGGUAUGAAAAAAAUAUGCUGUGAUUGGUCACAAAACAUUAAUUAAUGUUUUCCAUUUGGAUGGAGUUCGAAUUCUGAUGACAACGAUAUAUUGUUUUUUUUUUUUUUUUACAAAAUUAAUUUAAUAAUUUGUUCUUCAAUGUUGAUGAUGAAAAAAAUAUACAGCAUUAAACGUG